UCCCUAGGAGUCGCACCUGCCAGCAUCACGACACCAAGUUCGUCGAGGGCGCCACGCGCGAAACCAACGGUCCAGGCGUCGAUGUCGCUCAACCUUCUGUCCGGUGAGCUACUCCAGACGACGUGGCGCUGUGUGGCUCAAUACAGGACCAGUGUUGGGAUUGGCAAGCGAGAUUUGCUUGGUGGCAGCCAGCUGGAGAUGGACGCUUUCCGUGCUGGUCGAACAUGACUCACGACAGCUCGUCUCUCUCUCGCAGUGCUGGCGAUGGUCCUGACGAUGUAUAUUUUGUUCGUGAGCUUGAUAGUCUUGGCUUUGCUGUUGAACUUGUCAAGGUCAGCGUGGUAAACACAGAAGACGUGGCUCGCGCCAUAUAUCUUGCCACGAACCUGAAAGGUAUCCUACAAACCUCCAUGGUGCUUUGCGACGAGGCCUUUCUCCGCAUGGCCUAUGGAGAAUGGGGCAUGGCAAUCUUACCCGAGGUCAGAGGCACGUGGGACCUCCACGACAUUGCGUGCCAGGCCAGCAUCAAACUUGACUUCUUCGUUCGGCUCUCUUCCAUGACAGGUAGCACGGGCCUGGCUGGCCAAUCCAAAAUACGCGAGCGCUACCACUUACCUCGACUGCUUUGUGCAGUACAAGACUGCUUUUGGGCUGCGUGCCUCUUGUAUUGAUCUAGGGGCGGUUGGAGACGCGGGUUGUGUCACCGACGAUGAACCACCCGACUUCUAAAGACAAGGAGUCUAGCGAACAACAGCGGAGUCUUACUGCGAGCUCCUCGAAGCUAUCGGAAGAGUCAUCCUGUAGUCCGCAGAAAGGUCAGAAUCGGUGUCUAGCUAUGUCGACAGCAACACGUUUUUGCUUAGAAUACUCACUUAUGUGCCCUUGGGUAG